AUGUUCCCGGUUCCUCAUGUUUUGAAUGGAAAUUCAAAGACUGGUGCAACUGAUUGCUCCAUGACCAAUCGAGUAAUCGAUGUUGCUGAUGAAAUUAUAUUAACAUCGUUGAUUUAUAUAAGCAUUAGGGUUAAUUGUAGCAGUUGGCAUUCGUGGUGGAGAAGAAUCAUGGGAUGGUUGGCGCUCAAUGUAAUCAACUGCUAUGAGGUUAGAAGUUUGGCAUCGAUCUUGAUGGAGGUUGAAGAACGUGGGAAGGGAUCGAUGUUGACGGAGCAGCAUCACACUGCAGAAUUUAAUCCCUCCAUCGUUUCAGGUAAACAAAACUGGUAUACCUGUUGA